CUCUCCAUCUCUCCCCCCCACCCCGCACCAAAAAAACCACUCGCCACUCAAAAACCACAUGGCUCACCAAGAUCCCACAACCACCCCCACCACCACCACCACCACCACCACCACCACCCACAUGGCCGCCGCGCCCCGCCGGCCUCCUCGCCGGAGAACCAUCUUCCUGCGGCGGCGGAAGCUCCCGACCGUCCGGCUCGGCGGGAGGAGGCCGCGGCGGGGGCUUUUCCUGGCGAACCUGUGGCGGAAGAUGAGGCUGCGGUGGCUCAAGCUGCAGUACUCGUGCGCGCUGAAGAAGCUCAAGGCGUACUACAGGUCGGUGGUCGCGGACAUCAUCGAGGCCGGCGCCUCGGUGGAGGCGCUCCAGCAGAGGAUGCUGAUGGAGGCGACGUGCGCCGUCCCGGUCAUGGGGCUCAACAGCUUUCCUUCGGUGGCCAGACACCGAGCCAUUAUCAUGUAAAACUCUCCUCAUUCUGAACCCUCCUUUCUUCUGGAGUUUGUACGAAUCAAUCUUGUGCAUGCUCUCGCGGACAGCUCUCUACCUAAUAAUCUUUUCAUCCAUGUAAGUUCUUUCCGCUUUCCUUUUCUUGUUUUUGUUAUUUCUUCUGAUGAGCAGCAAGAAGGAAAUAAUGUAAUAUAUUUUCUUUUUGAUGAAAACGAAAAAGAAGUGAUCGCUUUGAGUCGAUUGCUUGGUUCAUUUAUGGAAUUUAGGGUCUGCGUACUCUCUCUCUUGCGUUGUCAUUGCAGAAGCGUUCUCGAUCAAUUAUGAUAUUUGUAAGUUUCUUGCUCAUAAA